AUGCGAGAAUCCAACUUCAGCUCACCAGCUCACAACCGGGCUUGCGUGUGUAUUUCUUCUGCUCUGUAUGAUCGACGAGGUCAGUACCUUAUUCCCCCUCUGGCUUGCGGUGCGCUACUCUCGUUUGGCCUUGCUCGGUCAUCCGAGCUCCGGACUCCAGGUCCAAGUCAGCGUAGCCACGUGUGAUAUGAACGCAGCACAUCCCUCUCGGAUCAAUGUUCGUGAUGGGGUCAGACCGUGGCCAACUACCACUACCAGUCGCCGUCUUUUGAUGCCAGUGCCAUCUGGCGCCUGAACUCUUCACGGUGGCAAACGGACCGCGUUGAAUCAGCCAACCGGGGACGGAGCCUUGGCGCUCCCGAACAAAGGCUUCGCAAGCCUCUCGUGGCGACGAUGCUUCACGAGCAAGGGCCUCGAGUGCAACUCUUUAUUCAGAACAGUACAUCGUGUUGCGACGGUCGAUGCUGACAACAUUCUUGGAACUUGCCACCGUCGUCGUUUUUCUUGCGAUCCCACAGCGAUCGACGCGCCCUCCCCCUCUCUCCCUCUCGUCAACUCGCUCACCCACCUCUCCUAUCUCACUGCGACCUCGCCCCGAAUUCGAGAAAUUCUAUCUCUCGAUGGUGGCCUGGAACGGCUGGUGCGGAUAUUGAAAGGAUGCGCGGCGGGAGGCCCUCCCGUAAUCGAGGAGAGUCUGGCCGACAUCCGACACAAGACCACUCGGGGACCCAAGAAGGGUCCCCGACGAAGCCCCUUCAAGAGUUUCGACGAGUACUCGCCGGUCAUCGAUGACGAGUGGACGCAGGAUCGGGCCGGCUACACCUCCCUCUCCCGGACAGUCGGCGAGGCCCCGCUGCCUUGGGAGCUCGAUGUCGAGCUUGCAUCUUCAUUAUCGUCAGCCACCAUGGCAACCAACACCUCGAGCCGGGAUCGACACCUCCUCUACACCUAUACCCUCGCUUUCCAAUGCGUCGUCAACAUCGGCGUACGCGGCUCUGAAACGAUUCGAACGCGGGUCGUCGAAGCCGGCGCGCUCGAUGUCGUCGUCAACGUCCUACAGCGAUACCUCGAUGACAUCGCCCGGCGCAAGCAGCAAGCUGAACUUGCUGCAGAGGAAGAAGCAGCCGCAGCUGCAACGCCUGUCGCCGUACCACCUGUCGCGUUGGGCCUCCCCGUCGUCGCCGAGAUCGUCCUGGCGCCGUUGACCCAACCCCAACUCGCCCGCCUUAAUAACCGAGCGCCACCGCAAUACCGUCUUGCCCCACCCGCUCGCGUCGCGACACCCGACACCGUCAUCAGCACGGAUGAAGGCUCAAUCGCCGACGACAACGGUUCGUCGUCGGGGCAGGAGGGGGACGAGGUCAUGACGGAAGACGAGCCACGGUCGCAGGCUUCGACCUCUUCCACCAACAGCCGACUUGAAAAAGCCAUUAUUGCGUCAUCGUCUGCGCCGUCCCGGCGACAAGAUCGCGACGAAGAUGAUGGCGACGUCGUCAUGGGAGGCUCGGACAUGCAUGAAGAUGCUGCCACGGCGUCAACCCCGCGCCACACCGCGACCUCACCGCAGGACGGUUCGUCUCGUCCCAAUCAGUCGAGGAGCAGUGGGCUCCACUACCGUGACGAGGACGUCUUGCUGUCGCUGCAGCUCCUCGCCUACCUCAGCAAAUAUCCCCACGUUCGCUCCGUUUUCCACUCCCCCCACGACGCGGUCCACCCCGAAAUGGAUGACGAAAUCGAGCACGACUACCUGCACGCACCGCACCACGACCACUACGACUCGAAAGCGAGCACACCGACAAGCACAUCGUUGCCGACCCUCUCCUCGAACGUAUUUUCGCUCGUGGAAGUUUUCACGCACCGCCCCGCGUCGAAUGACCCAUACACGCCGCGUCAUUCAAACGAGGUGCAGUACUGGGCCGGCGUCAUCAUGCGCAACGCUUGCCGCAAGGACGAAUCUCGCGGUGGGAUCCGACAGUGCGCGAACAUGCAGUGUGGAGUGUGGGAAAAGUACGCGCGAGAGUUCGCCAAGUGCCGUCGAUGCCGCAAAGCCAAGUACUGCAGCAAAACAUGUCAAAGUAAGGCGUGGCAAUUUGGUCAUCGGUACUGGUGCGCCAAGGCUGCACCGAAAGAGGGCAACUCGUCGACCCACGAUGAGAGCGCUCCAUCGUCCGCAGCGAAUCAUCACCAGCAUCAUCACCACGGCGUCCACAGCCAGGGUCAAGCUCAGGGCCAUGGCCAGCAUCAUCAUCACCACCACCAUCAUCAUGGCCAGCACGGCCACCACGCUACUGCCGGCGGUGCAGAAUCUUCGGGGCCCGCCGAACGUGAGGCGUUGACGCGUCGUCACGAGCGAAGAUCUCGGCGCGAUGACGAUGAUGAUGAUAACGAUUACGACGAGGACGUGAACGCUCUUGCCGGACCGGCUCUGGGUGGUCUCGAUCUCGCCGCCGCUGCCGCUGCCCACGCGAUUGGGGCAGGCCUCGGUGCGAGGGCAUUGUUUAAUCGCAAUCGUGGCAUCACUCCGCGCGGACAUCGUCAAUCGCCCGGCACCGACAGCGGCGCGACGACGCCACCUGCGGGUCUUCGGACCGGUGGUGACGGCGCAAUCGGUGGUUUUGAAGUCAACGUCGCCGGAAUGGGCAUGCGAGUUGGCGACGGAGCGUUGGGCAUGGACGAGAACGACGUCGCGCACGAUCUACUCGUCGGCGGCGUCUUUGGGGAGAUCGGCGCCAUGAACGGCUUGACUCUGGCCGAAAACCAAUGA